CUCCAGCUUUAUAAAAGCGCAGCAAACCGGCAGCAACAGCAGCUCAGGCAACAAGAAGGAGCAGAGAGGAAUCACCUGGAGCCAGAAACACAACCCCUGAGAGAAGCAAGACUCCACCUGACUCAGGAUGCUGGUCCUUUUCCUGGCCUCUUGGCUAGUCCUGGCGCAAUCUGCCACUCUUGCGCCCGAAGUUAUUGAACUUGGGAAGCCAAUUCUCCAAGAGGAAAUCUUUCCGGCUGAGAUCCCACGGGAGGUUCUGCUUCAGAGGCCACUAGAUAAUGAUGAACUAGGAGAGUUUGACAUCCCGCUGCUAGUCAAUGGGGAGCCCCAGACACGGUUAUCCUCUCCCCUCACCCCAAGGGGCAGGAGGCCCAGUUGCAACAGUGCCUUCGGGUGCACCCGGUACCCCCCUCGCUACAGACUGGAAGAGUUCCCACCUGCCCAGCCUAACAUCAGUAAUAUUGACAACAUCUGCAAUGAAGGGAGAAAGAAGCUCUUGUACGGGCCCUGGAAUUUGCCCCAGACGGGCUUCAGUCACCUCAGCCGCCAGGGAGAGGCCCUCAACAGCAUGGAGGCCGGGGUGGGCCAGUGCUGCCAGCUGCCCGACAGCGAGAAGCUCCCUUGCUGCCAGAGUGUGUGGUCAGAUGUUCUGGAGCAGUUCUGCGACACGGAAUUCUCGAUAAAGACCAGGCCUUACCACUGCUGCGAGCUGGAAGGUGCCAGCCGGGAUCGCUGCUUUGACGACGAGUCCCUCUUCCCGAAUUACGACUUCAAGAGCUCUGAUGGUCAAGGCCCAUCACAGCCGGUCGCCUGCAGCGAUCCUUCCCGGUGCAAACCCCUGGAGCAGGUCAACCCACUGAAGCUUCUACAGGUCACCUUUCCUCCUGGAGAACCCACCAGUGCCAACAUCAAAAAUAUUUGCAAGCUGCGUAAAUUCCGGCCCACCUACCCGGCCAGCAUCUUCCCACGGUCACAUUUUGGCUGGUUGGUGCGCCGAGCCCAGGCUGUGAACCGCUUGGAAAAUGAGUUUAAGAAAUGUUGCCGAAAGGAGGAUGCCGGCUGUGCCCGCAAAGGGUGGGAAAAUGUUCUGACCCAGUACUGCAAACAGGAGUUAUCUGUGAAGACCAGGCCACACUUCUGCUGUAAAGUCCCCGCAGGGGAGGCCCGUUAUGGUUGCUUUGCCCGCUUGGCUCCAUACCCAGCCUACGACCAGGAAAUUCAACAGAUCAAUCUCGGUCAGGUCACCCCAGACCUCCUGGACUCGCUCUGUGGCCAAUUCACGCUUCUCACCAAGCAGAGAAACAUCCCUGCUUUGGUCCAGAACAUCACAGAACCCUGUUGCAAGUUGCAGGGCAAUGAGAGGACACAGUGUGCUGAGGAUGUGAAAUCCCAGUUCAUUGUGGCACUCUGCAGCUCCCAGAAGGAAACAUGGAAAGACCCAAAGAAAUGUUGUUCCCAGUUGGAGGGUGCGGCCCGCAGCAACUGCUUCAAUGUCAACUACCUGAACAACGUGUCUCUCGUCAGUGCCGUGCAGGUCACCCGCCCAACGGUGCCGGUGCCAUCCGUGUGAAUCAGAACAGACUCUCCCUCUACUGCUGAAAUGCGCCUCUUCCCUUCCUCUGUCCUCUCCUCUCUCUGGCUGGUUCCAGUUCCAUUCUUCCGGGAAGUGGGUUAGCUGCUUCCCUGACCUAUAGACUGUCAACUAUCUAAGACGUUGCUCCCUCCCCAAGACAAAGCAGAGGGGGGGGGGGAGCGAAAAGCAAUCUGCACACACUGACCUCUCACUAAGGGGGCCUCUGAAAGCCCUCACUGGUACGCACUUUAAAUUCUAGGCAGUCGUGACCAAAGGAAAACAUCUCAGUCCUUUUUUUUAAAGAAAAGGUUCUGUCUGAUUUUUGUCUUCCGUCACCAAAGUGCUAAAAGGUGUUUUGAUUCUAAAGGGGAGUUGGGGGGGGGGAGAAGCAGAGAGAGGAUUUCUCUUGCUAGGGAGUGCCUCCUCCCCCACCACCAUAUUGGCCAACUGGCAAAGUUUAAUUCAUUCCCUUCAAACCAGACACCUUCAGAUCUUUGUGAGAUAUCUGGAGGAUCUUUGGCAUCAUUGCCUUCUGCUCCAUAGAGUCUGCUUUUGGAUUUGUGCAAAACUUAAGUUGAUCAGGAUGGUCUCCAAUUAGGUAGAUGGGUGCCGGUGGUUUUGGUUUUUUAGUGAAGAAAGUGGAGCAGGAGCACAGGGCCUGAAGGAUUGGAGAAGGGGAACUUUUAUUUCCGAGUAGCUUUUCUGCUGAUCUUAGGAAGGUACAACCCUACCAACAGGGCUCUAGCAAUCGGGAAUGAUUGUGGGAACGGUGGAUAAAAUAACAAGGAAAGAGUUGGUGUGGUGUUUCCCAGAAGGAAACACUGUACAGGGGAGUUUGUGGGUUACUCUGCCAAGUCACACCAUUACAUCUCGAUCUUUCCCAGCUGUAACUGAGCUCACAGAAGAACAUGUUUUCAUAUCGUAGUGAAGUGCUUGUACGGAUAUCUGCCCAAGGCAAAUGGCUCUAAUAAACCACUUUUUAGA